AUUUGCAAUGAUCAUUCCUGCUGUCCCCCUUCGCAAUGGCUUGUGUUGUGUGCCUUCAACGGGAGAUUGUGUGGGCGCGGCUGACGACAUUGUAGACAAAUUUAGUUUGUGCGAUGACGUUGUGCUGUAUGACCUGGAGUGUGGCCGAAACAGGGAUGUCGUCCUGACACUGUUAGAGAAAAGAAAAUUCAGAGUUUAUGUGGGUCAUUUGAACAAGACUGACGCUGUUGCUUUUCUUGAUGCUGGAGUGUCACAGCUGAUCAUUGACGACCAGAAUGCAGUUGAACUUUUGUCUCACAUUCCUCCUAAUCGAGUCAUCAUACAGUUUCAUGUGACGCAUGACAUGCUGCAAGCAACAAAUUGGGCUACCGACUUGUCUACUUCUCUCACACAACUUACUGAUUCUGUAGCUUGUGUUGUUCUCAAGUUUCCGUGGGACGACUCGAUCAAACCUCCCGUUGCCGAGCUACAGAAUGUUAUUGUACCAGCUCUCAAACAAAUAGGUUGUGGCUUAACUAUUCAUUGUCCACUUUCUCUGUGCCAAGAUGUGGCUGUUCUUCAUGCUAUCGGUGUUGACAUUCAGGUAGACUCUGCAUUAUUAUCCAACCGUAUUGAUCUCUGUGAUGCGAUCGCAGCUCCACUAACAAGUGACAGACCAGAUGGAUACUUUCCAACUAUUGUGACUGAUGAACAUGGGAUCGCUCUUGGACUUGUGUAUUCUAGCCGAGAAAGCAUACGUGAGGCUGUGAGAACAAAACGAGGAGUUUACCAGUCAAGGAAACGAGGUUUGUGGUACAAAGGAGAGACUACUGGUGACACUCAGGAAUUGCGUCGUAUACAGAUUGAUUGCGAUGCAGAUUGUUUGAGGUUUGUUGUACAUCAACACGGACAUGGAUUCUGUCAUCUUUCUCAGAGAAGCUGUUUUGGGUCUGAUGCUGGGAUCCCUGCACUCAUGAGAACUUUGGAGUCAAGAAAAAGGAAAGCACCUGAAGGAUCUUACACACAGAAAUUGUUUAACGAUGACAGCUUGUUGUGUUCUAAAUUACUGGAAGAGGCUGGUGAAUUGACAGAGGCAGAGAAAACUGAGGACGUUGCAUGGGAGGCAGCUGAUGUUAUCUACUUUACAUUAGUAAAGUGUGCUAAGGCAGGAGUUAAACUCAGCGAUGUUGAAAAAAUAUUAGAUCAUCGAGCCUUGAAAGUGAAACGACGGAAAGGUGAUGCAAAAACGCCGCUGAUCGCUAGGACUGUAGAGAAGGGUGACAUCCAGAAAAACAACAUUUCUACUGAAAAAACAUUCUCGAUUUCUGUUGAGGAAUGUGAUGAGAUUUCGUUGCGAUGUUACGCUAUUGAAUCUCUCACUGAAAGAGAUCGUCUACGUCUUUGUUGUCGACCGGCACAAUCAUCUCCUGAAGCUGUAUUUGACUUAGUGAAUCCAAUCCUUGAAAACGUGAAGAGACGAGGCGACAAGGCUCUCCUGGAAUUAACAGAGAAGUUCGACAAAGUCACACUCACAUCACCAGUUCUCACAUCACAACAAGUAAGUGAAAUGGUUGUUGAGUUGUCGGAUGAGGUGAGAAGUGCGAUCGACUUGGCAUGGGACAACGUGUACAAAUUUCAUUAUGCUCAGUUGCAGAACACUCCACUGGAAGUUGAGACAGCCCCGGGAGUGAUUUGCUCUCGUCAUGUCAGACCAAUUGAAAAGGUUGGUCUCUAUAUUCCAGGAGGAACGGCCAUUCUUCCAUCGACUGCAGUCAUGUUAGGAGUUCCUGCAAAAGUUGCUGGAUGCAAAGAAAUUGUGUUGGCUACCCCUCCUAUGUCUGAUGGCUCCAUAUCUAAAGAAAUUCUUUAUAUUGCUCAGAAAAUUGGAAUCUCAUUAAUAUUACUGGCUGGAGGAGCGCAAGCAAUAGCAGCACUUGCAUAUGGAACGGACUCUGUUCCAAAAGUUGAUAAGAUUUGUGGUCCUGGAAAUCAGUUUGUGACUGCAGCCAAACUUCUUGUGCAAAAUGACAUGAUGCAUCCUGUUAGUAUCGACAUGCCAGCUGGACCAUCAGAAGUCAUGGUGAUUGCUGAUGGUAGUGCUAAUCCUGUGUUUGUUGCUGCUGAUCUCUUAUCUCAAGCUGAACACGGACCAGACAGUCAGGUUGUGUUGGUAGCUCUUAGUCUGUCUGACAAGCAACUGGCAAUGAUAGUUGAUCAAAUAUAUCAACAGCUUAAUGCUUUACCUCGUCGAAAUGUUGCAAGCACAUCAAUAGGAAAGAGCUUCAUUGUAAAGGUCAACAGUAGGAAAGACGCCCUUUUGUUCUCUAAUAUGUAUGCACCAGAGCAUCUCAUCAUCAACACCACAGAUGCUGCUUCUUGGCUCGACGAAGUGAAUCAUGCAGGGUCUGUCUUUAUUGGUCAGUAUUCACCAGAAAGCUGUGGUGACUACGCAUCUGGAACGAACCACACACUGCCUACGUACGGCUACGCCCGCAUGUACAGUGGAGUAUCAACAACAACAUUCCAGAAACACAUCACAGCCCAGCAGCUCACUGCCGAGGGUAUCCAAUCAAUAGGAGACGCAGUCGCAACUCUAGCCGCCGUAGAGGGACUCGACGCUCACAGAAACGCCGUCCUACUCAGACAAGGGAAGAUACCAGAACAAUAAGUGACGUGUAGACAUGGCUAUCACAUCAUUCAUAUUCCU